GCCCUCCUCGACCCGUCGACCCGACCCGUGGGCUCGCGCUGCCCCGCCGCUGCCAUGUGUACGGCUCGGACGCCGCCGCUGGCGCUUAUCUUCCGAGGGACUUUCGUCCACUCCACAUGGACCUGCCCCAUGGAGGUGCUUCGCGAUCACCUCCUCGGAGUGAGCGACAGCGGCAAAAUAGUGUUUCUAGAAGAAUCAUCUCAGCAAGAAAAACUGGCCAAAGAAUGGUGCUUCAAACCAUGUGAGAUCAGAGAGCUGAGCCACCAUGAGUUCUUCAUGCCAGGCCUCGUCGACACACACAUCCACGCCCCUCAGUAUGCCUUUGCUGGAAGCAACAUAGACCUGCCACUUUUGGAGUGGCUGAACAAAUACACAUUUCCUACAGAGCAAAGGUUCCAGAGCACCGAUCUGGCUGAAGAAGUCUACACUAGAGUUGUGCGGAGAACACUCAAGAAUGGCACAACCACGGCUUGCUACUUUGGAACAAUUCACACUGACUCAUCCCUGCUCCUUGCGGAAAUUACAGAUAAAUUUGGGCAGCGAGCAUUUGUGGGCAAAGUAUGCAUGGACUUGAAUGACACAGUUCCUGAAUACAAGGAGACCACUGAGGAAUCAGUCAAGGAGACAGAGAGGUUUGUGUCAGAAAUGCUUCAAAAGAAUUAUUCAAGGGUGAAACCCAUAGUGACCCCACGCUUUUCCCUUUCUUGCACGGAGACUCUGAUGAGUGAACUUGGCAACAUCGCCAAAACCCAUGAUCUGUACAUCCAGAGCCAUGUAAGUGAAACUCGUGAAGAAAUUGAAGCCGUGAAAAGCUUAUACCCUGGGUACAAAAACUACACCGAUGUCUAUGAUAAAAACAAUCUUCUGACAAACAAAACAGUGAUGGCUCAUGGCUGCUACCUUUCUGAAGAAGAACUUAACAUCUUCAGUGAACGAGGAGCAUCCAUUGCACAUUGUCCCAACUCUAACUUGUCGCUGAGCAGUGGCUUACUGAACGUGCUUGAUGUCCUGAAGCAUAAAGUGAAGAUAGGGUUGGGGACAGAUGUGGCUGGUGGUUACUCCUAUUCCAUGCUCGAUGCCAUCAGAAGAGCAGUGAUGGUUUCCAAUAUCCUCUUAAUUAAUAAGGUGAAUGAGAAAAGCCUCACCCUCAAAGAAGUCUUCAGACUAGCCACUCUUGGAGGAAGCCAAGCAUUGGGAUUGGAUAGUGAGAUUGGAAACUUUGAAGUUGGCAAGGAAUUUGAUGCCCUCUUAAUCAAUCCCAAAGCAUCAGACUCUCCCAUUGAUCUGUUUUAUGGGGAUUUUGUUGGUGAUAUUUCUGAGGCUGUUAUCCAGAAGUUCCUCUACCUAGGAGAUGACCGAAAUAUUGAGGAGGUUUAUGUAGGUGGAAAGCAGGUGGUUCCAUUCUCCAGCUCAGUGUAAGACCCUUCGACAUCCAUGAUGUUCUCCUGGGCUGAUGUGGCUCUGCAAUCUUCCUUGUGCCCAGGUGCCAGUGAGAAAGUAUAUUUAAAAAAAAAAAAAGUGUUGUGUUCUUUGGAUGACUUCCUGCAUCUACUUCCAGUGCUCACUUGGUGAAUUGUGUGAAGGAAGCUUCUCGACUCUGGCCGGGGAGUGUUCGUAGUUUCGUGACCAUGCCUUCCUCUGGGCUGUUUAGAUUUGUAUUAAGCUCACGCAGAAGGCAGUGGUAGUAGCCGGCUCUGUGCUUCUAAUACUGAAGUAAAACCUUUCCAUAUAGGGGCAUACAGAGUGAAGACAUAUCCCUAUGUGGUUAGACGUUCCGAGCUAAUAACUGGGAAAAUUAGGAAACUCAGAACAGACCAGUGAGCAGCUUUUUUAUGGGAGGGCACAAGCUAGACUGUGAAAAGACACUGGAAAAUCACUGAUUGUGCUUGGAAAUGAAGUUGCUGAGAACGUUCUUGUAAAGAGGGGACUUACUGGAGUUUUAAAACAUGCUUCUAGGUUGACUUUCUCUAUGGAAAUUUGCGCUUCGUGGAUUUGCAUUUCAGAGGUGUGCUAUUGUUAUGCUUUGCCUUCUUUGGGGACGAAUGUCAGAACCCGAAUGCCACAUGCUUUUCAAAUAUAGUUCUGUGCUUCAACGUGUUUGACAGAAGUUGAAUAUUAAAGAUUUAAAGUCUCUUAGGGAUAGUAUUCAUAUAGCCACAUGGCAUAAAUAGUUGUGUUUUUGUGUUCUUCAGAGUCACCUUGAUUCCUGGCUGUGUGGUGUUAUGGUUGCUUCUAUUUUAUUAGAUGAGAAAUAAGCCUCAUGUACCGCUGCUCUGUAGACUGGUGUCUUCAUAAAUCGGGGAAGGGCUGUAUUCCCCAGAACUGUUAACCCUUACAGGACAGGGUUCUUUUCAAUGCUGAAUCUGCCCAAUGCAAUGUAUCAUCAUUGCCACAAAGUUCACCCUCCUUUCAAUGUGCUAGAACUUAAAAGGCGUGUUUAAGUUCUUAAAGAACCAUCGACAAGUUUCUGUAAGGCCUGUGGAUUCAAAGUACUCUGUUUUCUAAUGUAUCAAAUUGUUGCCUUGGUUCCUUAGAUUUUUUUUCUGGUAUUAAAAUGUUAGGAUAAUGAAAGGAUAUAGAAAUCCAUUUAAUGUUUAUAUUAAUAAGGUUUCCUUAUACUAGACAUGGAGCACUAUUAAACAAAAGAAGGGAUUUUAGCUUUCUGAACAUAGUGUCUCUUCUUGUAAGAGAAUUAAAAACAGAUUAUAACUUUAUCACAGAUCCUUAGAAAACAUUGGUAUAUAAACAAAAACAGGAAACAGGUUUCAUUAACAUAUCAUUUUAUUUCAGGGUUUAGGUGAGUUUUCGUGUUAUCUUACAACUGAAAAACCUUAUGAAAUAGAAUUAAGUCACAUUUUCAAGUGUGAGAAUACAGUCCCUCUACUGUCCUGUAAAUAUCAGUUUCACAUACCAUGCUAACUCGGCAGGAUUUGUCCGGAUGUAUUUUCCUGGUAGAAAGCACUUUUAGAUCUGGUUGUGUAUACAUUACAUCUAAAGAUGCUACAGAUGUUUUUGGUCUUACUUAGUUAUAUUUUUAAAAGAGACAGUGUUUGUUUUGUGAAAUAGAAGUGAAUAAAUCCAGCUUCCGGUCAUCGUCUGAGUGUUCAGUAGAUGUUCUAACACACCAGCCACAUCAAAACAAGCUGCCAUCUCUCCCCUCCCGCACCUCCCAUUGAGAGUUGGCAAGUAUUUUGUGCUGUCUCUUUUGACUCUUGUCAAAGGAAUUUAUUUACAGGGUGCCCAACCUGAGUGACGUGGCUGAAGAUCUUAGCUGUGUUUGGGGAUAGAGCCUUGCCAGCCACAGCUGCUCCUAGCCUUCGCAGGCCCCACACUCCUCUUCCUAAAGUGUGUGCACUUUGAUGUUGAGCAUCAGCUUUUAUUUAAACUUAAGAUUCACACUCAGUAAUAUAAAUAAGUGUAAUCCAGGAAGCAGGAAGAGCAGUCAUAUAACACCAUCCUGUCAAGCAUCCAGAUUAGUCCUGAUAGUGUGUUGUGAGCCGAAUAACUUCUAAUAAAAAAUAACGUGUUGAAGGAUCUACAUGUACUUUGAUCUCCCUGUACCCCUUAUCAUUCACGUGUUUUAGCUCCUCGAGUAAAGUGUUCGUGAGUGUUGUUUAUGCUUGUUUCAGUGCCCCACACGUGGGGCCAGAUGUCCUUCACUUUGAAAUCUUGCCUUUGCCUAAUGUAGGUUGACAUUCCUAAUUACAGACAGGCACUAUUCCAAGCCUAUCCCAGUUGUCACUUUAUGUUUGAAUGGUUUGCUCUCUUUAGAAGAAAGGAAGAGAGAGAGAAAGAGAGGGGGAAGGAAGGAAGGAAGGAAGGAAAGAAUGAAGGAAGGAAGGAAGGAAGGAAGGAAAGAAGGAAAAAAGAUAAAAACAUUUCCCUUUUUGCUCUAUAUCAUUUGUUUCAUUUCUCUAGAAUUUUUGAUGAACUUCAUUGUAAAAGGUUAAAAAGUAUUACAAAUCAUCAUGUGUGUUAUAUUUACAAAGUAUUGUUGCAACCAAAACACAAAAGUAGACUAAUCAAGUUGAAUUUGGUUUUCAAAGGGGGAGGGGAGGCAUUGAAAAUCAGAGGUAAGGACCUUAGAGGUCAUCAUAAUCUACUGGGCCAAAGAGGCUGGACUCCUCUGCUGUAUUACCUUAGCUAGUUUAUUACUUGAACUGUCGAAGGCUUUAGCAUCCAAGAAGGUAUUUACCUUCAUGGCAGGGAAAGGCCUUUCUAAGCUAAAUCUGUGAACAUUAAAUAUCUUCUUCAGUGAGAAAUUUUCAAGUUAAAAAAAAAAAAGGAAAUGGUAGGAAACCCCUUCUUCAUUGCUUAGCUCUUUUGAAGUAUGCCCCUGAAUAUUCCCUUUGGCAAAUGCUCUGAAAUCUUACAGAGGAAAACACAAUGGAUGUGAGAUCUAGCAAUGUGUUCUGAAUAUCCAGUCUCUAGCAGAUUAUUCCUAUUUUUAAGUUUGUUCACUUCAGAAGCAGACAUAUGGAAAGUCUUCAAUGCAUGCUGGAAAGCACAUUGUAUCAGUUCCACACACACACACACACACACACACACACACACACACACACACACAUAUAUAUAUAUAUAUAUAUAUAUAUAUAUAUAUGUGGUAGACAGUGAGAACAAGGCUUCUGGAGCCUGGUGGACAUCUUUUAAGGUUGCUGCUGCUGAAAUAUUCAAAAGAGUUUGUUUGGAAAGAGUUAUCUUAACUAUUAACAGGUAAAAUGAGAAACCAUAUCAUGGGCAAGGACUUGAAAUAAGUUGACUUGAAAUAAGGGACUCUGUGUAUUGUUUUGUUUUAUUUAAAGACCGAAAGAGAUGUUUGCAAUUUCUAAUCUACUAGUUGCUGCAGGUAUGACUUUGCACAUUACACUUUAUAAUGUCUCGUAAGAAGCCAUGAAAACAUUUCUAAAGACCUGGGAAGAAGCGGACAGGUGAAAAGUCACUAAGAGAAACUCUUGACAUCUGUUACCAUGCGUGUUUUCCAGUCUUCCCCCGCCCCACCUUCCUGCCCAUCUCCAGCACUGAAUGUGAGAGAUGAAGUGUUGAAGGGUUAGUUUGUAGACCUAGUCCAAAUUUAGUGAAAUAUAAAAGCCAAUGAUGAAAGUAAAUGUACAUUCUGAGCAUUUACCAGUCUCCUUGAGUAACCAAUCAUUGGUAACUUCUAUUAUUUGGCAGUGACUUUUCUGUCUUUUUCUUACCCAUCAGAGAGCAUUCCUUAUAUUAUUGUUAACCUCUUGAAUGCUGUUCUUAAAAAUAGAUACAUAUGUGUGUAUGUAGUCAAGGGGGCAUCCUUCUUCCCAGUAACUGUAUGAUUUGCUUAUUGUUAAUGUACUGUGUGAGCUCCUUUGUGCAUCAGGAAAAAUAAAUAAAUGAGAUUUUGUGUUUACA